AUGGCCCUUCAACACCUUCAUUCACACCUUCACCACGCUCGUGCGCACGACUUCCACUUCCCCGCCAAUGCCGAACACGCAAGAAUGGCGUCUCGAGACCCCGAUCCGUUUCCAGAUGCGAUUGCGGUCCAAGAUGGCCCGGUCACAGACUACGGCAUAUCGCUCAACCUCAGCGCGGCGGCAUCCCCAUUUGCGCAUGGCCUGGCCGGAGUCAAUCAAUACAUGAAUUACCUCUUCGCCAACACGCUCGUUAUUUCCUUCAUGGCGCUCUUGGCCAUCACUCUUGGCUACCGAUGGAUCAAGAUGGCCGACGCGCACAUGCGCCAUCUCUUCACCAUGCACCGCGAAUCCGACCAGCGAUAUUUCAUGCACAACCGCACGCAACUAUGGCCUCGGAUCAAGAAGUCUUUGCUAUAUGCACCGCUAUGGAAAAACCGACACAACAGAGAGCUGCAGCUCACAAGCGCGGUCUCUUUCGGCACAUUGCCCAGCAGAUUUCACACCAUUCUCUUGCUAUUAUACGUGGCUUCCAACAUUGCGUACUGCUUGGUCCUAGAUUGGAGUCUUUCAUCUUACAAUGUCAUCGCAGAGAUGCGCGGGCGAACCGGCGUGCUGGCAGCGCUGAACCUAAUACCGACAAUUCUUUUCGCGCUCCGCAACAACCCCCUCAUACCGCUACUGCGGAUUUCUUAUGAUACAUUUAAUCUUUUCCACCGCUGGUGUGCCCGGAUCAUGGUACUCGAAAGUGUGAUGCAUACGGCCAUGUGGGCAGCAAAUGCGAUAUCGGCAGGAGGUUAUGAUCAGGUCUCAACGUCUUUGUCGACAUCUGUCAGUUAUCGAUGGGGGAUGGUUGCCACCGCCGUAUUUACAUUUAUCGCUCUCGCAGCGUUUGGGCCCCUGCGACAUGCGGCAUACGAGACCUUCAUCACUUCGCACCGAAUCUUGGUGUUGGCCGGCAUUGUGGGAGUAUACGUCCACCUGGACGCGGCCAAUCUUCCCAUGCUCCCAUACGUUCAGCUCAGCAUUGCUCUGUGGGGUGCGGAAGUUGCCUGGAGAAUGGGCCGCAUACUAUAUCACAACGCAAGCCGCAAACGAGGCCUGACAAAGGUCACAGUGGAAUGGCUCCCGUCAGAAGCGUGCAGGGUGACAUUUGAACUGGCUCGACCUUGGAAGUGGAGGCCCGGUUGUCACGUACAUGCUUACAUCCCAGCAUUGGCAUUGUGGUCGAGCCAUCCGUUCUCGAUAGCAUGGGCAGAGAACCGACCAAAAGGAUCGCCGAUGGAAAUGGAGAUUGAAAUGGCCCAGCUMGAGAAGGUGCCUUCUGCAAGCACCACCAUCAUGCAACUGGAACCAAGUCUCGCGACACAUCGACCUGGCAGCGCUGGGCCACGCAUGUCAACAUUUGCACCGCGGAUGUCCACGUUUGGACCGCGGAUGUCGACAUUUGGCCCUCGAACAUCACAGUACCACCCGCAAAAGGGCGCGACCUUACAAUCAUUGGCAGAGGUAGCGGCAGCAGCGCCCCAACCAGAGAGCGUAGGGCUCUCGCAUCCCCGCGACUCAAAUGUAACGACUCUGUCACUCGUCAUCCGCGCGAGAACGGGCAUGACUAGAAAGAUGUACAACAAAGUUGCCAAGGCAGACAAGAAGUCUUUUGUCACCUGGGGCGCCAUAGAAGGGCCGUAUGGGGGUCACGAAUCCCUCUCGUCGUACGGAACAGUAAUCUUGUUCGCGGGUGGCGUUGGUAUUACCCACUGCAUUGGGUACAUUCAUCAUCUCAUGCUCCAGUACCAGGCCGGCAUCURCAGCACCAGGAAAAUCCUCUUGGUCUGGAGUGUGCCGAACACAGAGUCGUUGGAAUGGGUUCGAGAUUGGAUGGACCAAGUUCUUCGGAUGGAGUUCAGGAGAGACGUCCUCCGCAUACAGCUUUUCAUCACGAAACCUCGGCAUAGAGGCGAAGUCGUCUCCAGCACAGGGUCUGUUCAGAUGUUUCCAGGUCGCUGCAAUCCGCAGACGGUCAUCGAAAGAGAAAUGCCUGAACGGAUAGGAUCGGUCGGAGUGACCGUCUGCGGACCAGGAGCUUUUGCAGACACCGUUCGGGCGGCUUGCAGAAGCGUGGUCACCGACGUCAGUUUGGAUUUUGUGGAAGAAGCCUUCACAUAUUAG